GGAACAGAUUUUAUCAAAGAAAUUAUCAAUGCUACUUCCGGUUAAAAAGUAACUUCCGGUUAAGACAAUUUAGACAAAAUUUAUGAUUUCUUAGCAUUUUAGCGAAUUCGAUGGAUUCAUAUGACAUACUUGCAAAUCAGCCUGUUGUCAUAGACAAUGGGUCUGGUAUAAUCAAAGCUGGUUUUGCUGGAGAUCAAGUUCCAAAGUACCACUUUCCAAAUUUCAUAGGAAGGCCUAAACAUGUACGAGUUAUGGCAGGGGCACUUGAGGGAGAUAUGUUUCUGGGACCAGAGGCAGAGGAGCAUAGAGGGUUGUUGUCUAUACGUUACCCUAUGGAACAUGGUAUAGUAAAAGAUUGGAAUGAUAUGGAGAGGAUCUGGCAAUAUAUUUACUCAAAAGAUCAAUUACAAACAUUUUCAGAAGAGCAUCCUGUAUUAUUGACAGAAGCCCCUUUAAAUCCUAGAAAGAAUCGAGAAAAGGCUGCAGAAAUAUUUUUUGAAACAUUUAAUGUUCCGGCAUUGUUUAUGUCAAUGCAAGCUGUUCUAAGUUU